AUGAGUACUGCAGGAGAUGAGGCUGUGGCGGAAUAUACAGGUCAUGCUUGCGGGAGGGUAGAGAAUAUGCCCAAUUGCGUUGAGAAAAAUUGCGAUGACUUGUGCUUGGAAAAAUAUGCCAAAAGUGUUGGAACAACAGCUCAAGGGUAUUGCAAGGGGGAUUUAUGUAUGUGUGUUUUCCCUUGUAAGAAGAAAUUUGGUGCUCAUCAAGUUACGAGGGAUUAA